AUGGGCGUUGAAACAGCAUCCCUCCAGGAUCGCCUUGAGCGAUGGGCUCAAAGGUUACAAAACUUGACUGUUAGUCCUCUUACUCGGGAUUAUCCCGAUAACCAGAACCAGGAGCUUCCCAAGAGAGCUAUUGAGGCAUUUGAAACCUUCAAGCUCCCGGAAGAUACGGAGGGAAAAUUGCAGAAGCUUUCGGGCUCAUCCUCUGGCUUUACCAUCUUUUUGACAGCUUUUGUUGUGCUUGUUGCUCGUCUUACCGGCGAUGAAGACAUUGCUAUCGGUACCACUUCGUCCGAAGACGGCCGUCCAUUCGUCCUGAGGGUCCCAAUUGACGCCUCGGAGACUUUCCUUCAAUUGUACGCCAAGGUUAAGAAGGCAUUCGACCAAGGGUCUUCCGACAUUGUUCCUUUGGGCAGUUUACGAUCCUACAUCCAGCAGAAGUCCCAGUCCGAACGACCCCCAAUUCUUUUCCGCUUUGCAGCCUACGAUGCACCCGCCGCGUCUCAGGAAUACCCUGCCAACACAUUCGAGACCACGGACCUAGUCGUGAAUGUUGCGCCUGCAGCAGGCGGGUUAACAUCUCAAGCGGAAUUGGGCGCAUACUAUAAUCAAAGACUCUUCUCAAGCGCUCGGAUAUCCACGAUAUUGAAGCAGCUGGGCAAGAUCGUUGAAAAUGCGACCAACAACCCAGAAGAGGCAAUUGGCCGCCUUGACUUCAUGACCGAUGAUCAGCAGGCACUUCUGCCAGACCCCACAGCUGACCUGCAUUGGUCCAAGUUCCGGGGCGCAAUUCAUGAUAUCUUUGCGCAGAACGCCGAGAAACACCCAGAAAAGCUGUGUGUGGUCGAAACCACGUCCGAUCGUUCUCCCCACCGCGAAUUCACAUACAGGCAAAUCAACGAGGCCUCCAACAUUCUGGCACAUCACUUGGUCCAAUCAGGUAUUGAGAGAGGUGAAGUCGUCAUGGUGUACGCCUACCGUGGUGUCGAUCUUGUGGUGGCGGUUAUGGGUAUCCUUAAAGCCGGUGCAACUUUCUCCGUCAUCGACCCCGCGUAUCCACCAGAGAGACAGUGCAUCUACCUUGAUGUCGCUCGUCCUCGGGCUCUCAUAAAUAUUGAGAAGGCCACUAAGGAUGCUGGCGAGCUUUCCGAAAAAGUUCGCUCCUUCAUCAAUGAAAACCUCGAGCUUCGCACAGAAGUCCCUGCACUCGCACUUCGCGACGACGGUUCGCUCCUUGGAGGAUCGAUCAAUGGCCAAGAUGUUUUAAUCAACCAGGUGCCUUUGGCAUCUAAGCCUGUCGGUGUUGUGGUUGGUCCAGACUCGAUCCCUACAUUGUCCUUCACCUCUGGAUCGGAGGGAAGGCCUAAGGGUGUGAGAGGACGCCAUUUCUCCUUGGCAUACUAUUUCGACUGGAUGUCCGAGACGUUCAAGCUGACCCCCAAUGACCGUUUCACGAUGCUCAGCGGUAUUGCCCAUGACCCCAUUCAAAGAGAUAUCUUUACUCCUCUUUUCCUAGGAGCACAGUUGUUAGUACCGGCACGUGAAGAUAUCCAGAAUGAGCGGCUUGCGGAAUGGAUGCGGGAAUACGGUGCUAGUGUAACCCAUCUUACACCCGCCAUGGGUCAGAUUCUGGUCGGUGGUGCCUCCGCACAGUUUCCAGCUCUUCACCACGCUUUCUUCGUCGGUGAUAUCUUGAUCAAGAGAGAUUGCCGAUCUCUGCAAGGACUGGCCCCGAAUGUCAACAUCGUAAACAUGUAUGGUACAACCGAAACCCAGCGUGCGGUUAGUUAUUAUGAAAUUCCUAGCUACUCCAGCAACGAAGGGUUCCUGGACACUAUGAAGGAUGUAAUUCCCGCCGGUCGGGGAAUGGUUGAUGUGCAGAUGCUGGUUGUCAACCGCUUUGACCCAAGCCGUAUUUGCGCCAUCGGAGAGGUGGGCGAAAUCUAUGUUCGCGCUGCUGGUUUGGCAGAAGGCUACUUGGGCUCCCCCGAGUUGAACGAGAAGAAGUUCCUCAAGAACUGGUUUGUUGAUCCUCAAUCUUGGGUUCAGAAGGAUCAAGCCCAAGCGCAAGGUGGCAAUGAGCCCUGGAGGCAAUUCUAUGUUGGACCAAGAGACCGCCUGUACCGCAGUGGAGACCUUGGUAGAUACACUCCUUCCGGUGACGUUGAAUGUUCCGGCCGCGCGGAUGACCAAGUGAAGAUUCGUGGUUUCCGUAUCGAGCUUGGUGAGAUUGAUACACACCUUUCACGCCACCCAUUGGUGAGAGAGAAUGUCACUUUGGUGAGGCGAGACAAGUUCGAGGAGCCAACGCUGGUCAGUUACUUCGUGCCGGAUAUGAGCAAGUGGGCUUCGUGGUUGCAAGGAAAGGGCCUUGAAGACGACACUUCCGCUGAAGGAAUGGUCGGUAUGCUCGUGCGAUUUAGGCCCCUUCGUGAUGAUGCUCGAGAGCUUCUGCGUAGCAAGCUACCGACGUAUGCUGUGCCAACAGUGCUCAUCCCGCUCAAACGGAUGCCUCUUAACCCUAAUGGAAAGAUCGAUAAGCCUGCAUUGCCGUUCCCAGAUACUGCGGAGCUCAGUGCUGCUGCACCUCAGCGCAAGUCGUCUGUCCUGGAGGCCCUGUCCGAGACAGAGCAAGCUUUGGCUCAGAUUUGGGCACAGCGCAUUCCAAAUGUCACCUCUUCCAUGGUUGGCCCUGACGAUUCAUUCUUUGACCUUGGAGGACAUAGUAUUCUGGCACAGCAGAUGUUCUUUGACCUUCGGCGCAAGUGGCGUGGCGUUGACAUUAGUAUGAACGCAAUCUUCCGCAGUCCUACCCUUAGAGGGUUCGCUGCCGAGAUCGACCGCUUGUUGAAUUUUGAAUCAUUCGCCGCCAGUGACAAUAAGACAGCCGCCGAAGAUCUAGAUACCUCUAGUGCACCUGAUGAUGAGUACUCCAAGGACGCUCGGAAGCUGGUAGACGUUCUGCCGCAGGCAUUCCCUGAGAGGACAGAGCCUAUUCUCUCUGGGGAACCAACCAUCUUCCUUACGGGCGGUACUGGAUUCCUGGGCGCGCAUAUUCUUCGCGACCUCCUCACCCGUAAGACACCCUUGGCAAAGGUUGUGGCUUUGGUUCGAGGAAAGACCGAGGAGCAAGCACUGGAGCGUAUCCGGUCCACCUGUCGAGCAUACGGUUUCUGGGACGAGGCGUGGACCAGCCGGCUUCAGUGUGUCUGCGGUAACCUAGGAGACCCUCAAUUCGGCCUCUCUCAAGCGCUGUGGGAUGAUCUGACGAACCGUGUGGACGCGGUGAUCCAUAAUGGAGCCCUUGUCCAUUGGGUGUAUCCUUAUUCUACUCUCAAGCCCGCCAACGUUAUGGGUACUAUCGACGCCCUGAAGCUUUGCGCCACUGGAAAGCCUAAACAGUUCUCUUUUGUCAGCUCUACUAGCGUGCUUGACAGCGAUCAUUACGUCGAGGAGUCUGAACGUAUUGUUGCGGCCGGAGGAGCCGGUAUCAGUGAAGAGGAUGAUCUGGAGGGUAGCAGCGUAGGCCUUGGAACCGGUUACGGCCAGAGCAAAUGGGCAGGAGAGUACCUUGUCCGAGAGGCGGGUAAGAGAGGAUUAAAGGGAACCAUUAUCCGUCCUGGAUACGUGCUCGGUGACUCUCAGACCGGAACCACGAACACCGAUGACUUCCUUAUCCGCAUGAUCAAGGGGUGUAUUCAGCUUUCUGCUCGCCCCAACAUCAACAACACGGUCAAUAUGGUUCCCGUCGAUCAUGUUGCCCGCGUUGUCAUCGCUGGUGCCUUCCAGCCUCCAUGCACGCCCAUUAGUGUCGCGCAGGUGACUGGCCACCCACGUCUUCGAUUCAACCAAUUCCUGGGAGCACUGCAGCUGUACGGCUACAACGUACCCCAGGUUGACUACGUCCCAUGGGCACAGUCGCUUGAGCAAUAUGUCAACGACGGACAGCACGACGAUCCAGAGUCCCAGCAUGCACUUAUGCCCCUCUAUCACUUUGUGACCGCUGAUCUACCAUCCAAUACUAAGGCCCCUGAACUCGACGAUGUUCAUGCCGCUGCUUCCCUCCGUGCAGAUGCCGCCUGGUCCGGCGUCGAUGCCUCCGCUGGGGCCGGCGUGACCGAGGAAUUGGUUGGUCUGUACGCGGCCUACCUCGUUACGAUCGGGUUCUUGCCUUCGCCGCCUGCGUCCUCGACAGCCCGGCCGUUACCCACGGUCCAACUCAGCGACGACCAGAAGCAGGCCUUGGCCAAUGUCGGUGGCCGUGGAGGCAGCUCAUGA